ACGUACAAGAUUUGGUGACGUUAACCUACGCAACUUCGCUCCGCGCCUUAGAUUGUCAUCCCGAGGCUUCCGUUAGUCAGACAUAUUGUCCCAGAGGAGCCGGGAGAGGCCCUGACAGACCGGGGGCAGCAUGGAUUCCAUAGCGAGCCCCGGGAAAGACAAUAGUCGCAUGAAGAGCUAUAAGAACAAGGCUCUAAACCCAGAGGAGAUGCGCAGACGACGUGAAGAGGAAGGAAUCCAACUCCGCAAGCAGAAACGUGAACAACAGCUUUUCAAGCGUCGGAAUGUGGAACUAGUUUCAGAAGAUGCAUCUAUGCUUGAUGGACCUUUGAUGGACUCUUAUGUCAGCUCCACCAAUACUGCGGAUGGAGUUAUCACCCGUGAAAUGGUUGGACUACUGCUAUCUGACGAUCCUGACCUGCAGUUGGCUACAACUCAGAAAUUUCGAAAGCUGUUAUCUAAAGAGCCAAACCCCCCAAUAGAUGAAGUGAUCAAUGCUCCUGGUGUGGUAGAGCGGUUUGUGGAUUUCCUCAAAAGGAGUGACAACUAUACACUACAGUUUGAGGCAGCUUGGGCCUUGACAAACAUUGCUUCGGGCACUUCACAACAAACAAAGAUUGUGAUAGAAGCAGGGGCUGUGCCAAUCUUCAUCCAGUUGCUAAACUCUGACUAUGAAGACGUCCAGGAGCAGGCUGUGUGGGCCCUGGGCAACAUUGCAGGUGACAGCUCAGUGUGCCGGGACUAUGUAUUGAGCUGUGACAUCCUUCCCCCCCUUCUAAAUCUGCUUACCAAGUCAAGCCGUCUCACUAUGACCAGAAAUGCAGUAUGGGCCUUGUCUAACCUGUGUCGAGGAAAGAACCCACCUCCAGAUUUUGACAAGGUAUCUCAGUGUCUUCCUGUAUUAUCACGUCUCCUGUUCACCAGUGACUCGGACUUACUAGCAGAUGCUUGUUGGGCACUCUCUUACCUUUCUGAUGGACCCAAUGAGAAGAUCCAAGCAGUAAUUGAUUCUGGGGUCUGUCGCAGGCUGGUGGAACUCUUAAUGCACAACGAUUACAAAGUGGCUUCACCUGCACUGAGGGCUGUUGGAAACAUCGUCACAGGAGAUGACAUCCAAACACAGGUUAUCUUAAACUGUUCUGCUCUUCCUUGUCUAUUACAUCUUCUGAGUAGCCCAAAGGAGUCUAUUCGCAAAGAGGCUUGCUGGACCAUCUCUAAUAUCACUGCUGGGAAUAGAGCCCAAAUACAGGCUGUUGCCGAUGCCAAUAUAUUUCCAGUGUUGAUUGAAAUUUUACAAAAAGCCGAAUUUCGCACACGAAAAGAAGCUGCAUGGGCCAUCACAAAUGCUACAUCUGGGGGAACAUCAGAGCAAAUUAGAUACCUAGUGGACCUGGGCUGCAUCAAACCACUGUGUGAUCUUCUUACUGUCAUGGAUUCAAAAAUUGUGCAAGUAGCUCUGAAUGGACUAGAAAAUAUCCUCCGACUUGGCGAACAAGAUGCAAAACAAGGGGGUGGUGGCAUAAACCCUUACUGUGGACUGAUUGAAGAGGCAUAUGGUUUGGAUAAAAUAGAGUUCCUGCAGAGCCAUGAGAAUCAGGAAAUUUAUCAAAAAGCUUUUGAGUUGAUAGAACAUUACUUUGGAGUGGAGGACGAUGACCCCCAACUUGUUCCAUCUGUUGAUGAUUCCCAGCAGCAAUACAUUUUCCAACAAACAGAAGCCCCGAUGGAUGGAUUUCAGCUGUGAGCCAGAAUCCAUGGGACAAUUGGAGAAUUCACUCAUCUUCACUACUGUGUUCAGGUUGUGGAGAGGGAUGGUGGGGAAGCAGCCAUUCAUGAUGAAGUCAAGUUAUUCAUGGUUUAUUACAGAAGUUUAUCUCCUCCUGCUCUUAAACUUAUGCUUUGGUUAGGCAGAGAAAGCUGUGGUUUAACAACAUGCACAACCUUAUGCUGCUUUUUGCGAGGUCUGUAUGUAAAGCAGAUACACUCCUCUGCCGCUGAGCUUUCUCUGCUUCAUAAGAUACAAAUAUAUAUUUUUGUUUUUGACUUAAAAUGGACUUGCAGUAUCUGAAACGCAUCAGAGUUUAAUGCGUUGAGCGUCUGUUCCUUUUGUGCAGGGAGAAGAGGAGCAAAAUCAAUUGUACAACUAUUUUUGUUCUUGUUUGAUGGAAAAUAUAGUGCUAUUUAAAAUUAUUAAAAAGAAUAAAUAAGUGAAAUGGCUAAAGGCAGCGGAUAGUGGUAAGACUGAAGCAGUCAUUUAUGCUACUUUCAUAGGUUUAUCUACAGUAACUGUGAUAUUUUUGGAACAUGGCUUUUACUUUUUGCUCCUUUUGGAAAUUGUUUUAUCAGGCGCUACUUGCCAGAUCUCAAACAUUUAUUCUUGUUGAAAUGAAGUUGGGCACUUAGUACACAAGCUCCUGAGUGCCUUAUAGCAUUACCUGCCUCUCAGAAUAUUUUAUGAUGUUAAAUUGUAUCGCUAAUAACUUACAAUUAUGCAAAACAUGUUGCAUUCCAAGUGGAUUCGAAGGCAACAAGUUUGCAUCUUGGAUCAGUAUUCCUGUAGGGGCCUCUUAGAAAUUAAGUUAAGCACUUUGAUAAUACCAGUUCCUUUAUGAGUUAUGGUCUACACUUUCAGGAAUAUUGUGAAAGAUUGAAAUAUUGGCAUUUCUGCCCAAAGAGUGUGCAGGCAAUAUUUAUACAGUAAAGGUGUGCAAAUGGCAAGUGCUACCUUGUGGCAGUAGAAGAAUCUCAUUGUAUCACCAUGUGAUGGGAGUGCUCUGCAGUUCUGCAUCUGGUUUGUAUUUUCCCACCAGUAUCACUAAUAUUCUUCCCUAGGUCAUUAUCAAUAACAAAUUGUGACUUCGGCUUACUGGUGUGAAAUGCAGAAUGAAAUGUAUCUACUUGAAUUAAACUAAUACUUAGUUGGC